AUGGCAUCAUCCCCAAGGCCUACGACUCCUAACUCUCAGAAGAAGAGAUCUGGUCGUCGGCAGCUGCAUCGCUCUUCUGGAGCCUAUAAUAUACUUCCCCAAUCACCUAAGAUACAUUAUCCAGUGGAUCCAGAUAAUUUACCACUAGAAGCGCCUAGUAACACAGAAAAGUUUGAGCUGCUUUCAGAUGCUUUGGAAGAACUUGAUGUUAAUAUGACGAACUUGCAGCUGAUCCAUGAAGCUGUAUCGGAUGGAUUUAAUGAAUCAUUUGCUAGUUUCUUGUACGGGUUGUCUAUAACGAUGUGGUGUGUUGACUUUCCAGGUUGUCCGUCGAGAGACCAAUGGGAAAAGCUUAAGUUGGUCGAAGGAUUAGACGAUAGAAUACUGGAACUCACGGAGAAAAUACGGAUACAUAGAGAAGAAAAUGAGAGAUUAAAGAAGAGACUCACGUCCAACGUCGUUGAGUCAACAGAGGAGGAAGAAAAGCACAAUGAAGGGCAAGAGAGUAGAAAGCCACCUCAGCCACAUAAGGUGGGUAGGGGACACCCAAAACACGGCGAUAACGAAGGGGAUGACACGUAUAUGACAAAUGAGGGUUCGUUUGUGGUGAAUCCUUCAGUUGCAGGUGCAACCAGAAUACCUCAGCCCGUGAAAACUGUACCAAGAAGACUCAACAAACACACACCACCACCAGCGGAUACAAGCAUGCAGUCAAGUAACAGGGGCCCAAAUCUUAACCAACCCCCAAGAUACAUGCGGGGGUUAUUUGAUAGCACUAAUCGACCUACUACACCCGCCAACAACCGGUCCAAAAGAGUUGUCAAUACAAAUAGAGUCCAAAAGGCUACUACUAGACCUCCAUUUCGAUAA